AUGAAGUCGUUCAAAGUUCUCAGCAUCCUGGGAGCCGCUCUUGUCACCGGGGCCCAAGCUCUCAACGAGGCCCCCAUCCAGGGCUACAAUAUCGAGGAAUUCAGCUGGGAGGUUGAAUCCGCCCCCGGCAGCGAAAAGGUCGUUCUGAACGGCACCGUCCAACAAAUCGUGGCCCAGCUCCGCGAAAUUAACCCCAACUUCGACACCGACUUUGGUCUGGACAAGGCCGACGAGGAAGAACAAGCCCACGCUGAGUCGCAACUCACAAAGCGCGGUGACUCUUGGCUGUGCAACAUUUUCGACGGCGCCCGUCAGGCCGACAUCACCAACGGCAUCAAGUAUCUCCGUGGUGUGUCUGGUCAGCCCACAGCGGGCCCUGGCCCGGGUAAUUGUGCACGAGUCAGCUGCUCGUAUGCAGCAGCAAUUUGGUGGUGUAACGAUAACACCUUCACAAAGGUCCUCCCCGGCUUCUACAACAUCGCUGAUGGAGCACAGGUCCUCAAGAACAAGUGCUGGACUGGAGGUGGCCAGAAAUUCUCGGGACAGCUUUUCCACGAUGACAAGUGGAAUGUUAUCGUUCGGGCUGACCACGACAACUGUUAA